GGUGGCCACACACAGUCAGUCAUUCAUUCAGUCAUUCGAAUCCGUCGAAGAAUCCCAGAACGGGCAAAGAAAGACAGUCUCGUUGCGCUGGUCUAGCUGUUCGGACGUUCGUUCGUGCGACUGAACUCUCUCUUGGUCUGAGAAUUUUUAGAAUUAUUAUUCUACUACGGUGCCUGUUUGGUGUAGUGUGGUGAGAGUCUCUGAUCGCUCCGUCGUGUGAAUUUCGGGUACGGACUGGCUGUUAAUCAGCGCUAAUCAGUGUCCGGGUGGUGUGUGAUUAAUUAGACACUGCGCCUGGGGGAAGCGCGCUUUUUCUGUGUGUAACAAUUCAGUGAAUAGAAACGUGGUGGUUCUCCGAAGUCCGAAGUGAUUGGUGUUUGUUUUAUCCCGACUUCUGGAAAGUUUAGUUAACGAAAUAAAAAAGAGAAGAUUGGCGCCGUUUCAACGAGUGAAAGCAAGAUUUGAACAGUGAGAUAGUAAAGAGUCCAUCGGUGGCGAUUUUGCAAAUCCGACGGAAGAUCGAAGAUCGAAGAUAACCGGCCGUUUGUUGUUUUGGGAAACGAAUGAAUUAAUUGGUACUGAUUCAAUCAGCCCCGGCGAGUGUGCGUGUUUGUGUGUCAGUUUCAAAAGAACAGCACUAAGCCAACGAGUGACCGAAACGACAGGGAAGAAAAGAGAAGAAAAAAAAUAAGAGUUGUAAAUUAUUUCAAUUAACAAAAUUGUUAACAACAGUGUUGUUCAGUGAAAUUCGACAGGCGAGUUUAACAAGUGGGAAACUAAUUCGAACUACAAAGCGCAGUCAAGUUUUGGAAGAAGAAGAAAGAAGAAAAAAAAAACACGCAGUGACUUAAAGUUUAGGGAAAGGAAAAUCGACGCAGCAAAAGAGAAACAAUUCCGAUGGGCUUCCGAUGGACGUAAACCCGAUUCGCAGUAUAAAUUAAACGAUCCGUAAACCGAAAAACCCCGACUAGACUUACCGGUGCAAGGGAAGAGAGAGAAAAAACAAACUUUGAUGCACUUAUAAAUGCACAUAAAUUGUCUUGACUUGACCCAACCGAUUCCCGAACGAACGAAGGAAGGGACGCGGGGCAAAAGUAUCAUUGCACAAACAAGAGAAAAAUUGCAGCAGUCGACAGAGAGACGAACAGGUCUAAGUAGGCAGGGAAGAAAAAAAAACGUGAAGACAGUGGAUUUAAUCAGUAACAAUAAUAAAACGAAAGCACCUCGUUAGAAAGAAAGAAAGGACGCGAACUAGACUAUAAUAGCAAAAAAAAAAAACGAGACCCGGCAAAGCAAAACGACAAACGACAAAGGCAAGAAGCAAAAGGAGCGGCGGCUUCCAACCACAUUAAUAAAACAAUGAUAUUUAAACAUGAGCGUAAAAUAUGCAAAUAAAGUUUCAUAAUAGAACGAAAGGGAACAAACAACAAACCGAAGAACGGAAGAUAAACGUCACACAACUGUCGGGUCCAGCUACAAGUCGUCACGGCAGUCGCGAGUGAGAAGACAAGAGAACAAAGCGGCUAAAAACGAAGACAUAGAGGCUAGGCAAAAAGUUUAUUGAUUUUCUUUCCUACUCUUCCACCUCUUCCUCUUUUUCCUCAUCUCCUAGCGGACGCUGCUUUCUCGCUUUCGCUCGGGCAACAGCAGCAUUCAACCAACAUCAGAAAAAAGCAAAAAAAGAGAGAGUCGUUUGAUCUUUAUCACAAAAGGAAGUUCGCGACCGAAGAAUCGUGAUUAGUGAGAGAGCGCGUAUGGCGGCGGCGGCGGCGGAACGACGCAGUAAAGUUUGAUAAAAAAAAAUAAAAUGGGUUAUUUUCCUCUACCGACGAGAUAGAACUUUGCGUCUAUCUGAUCGUUUCUGUUUGAUUGGAGUGCGUCCCGUCCCGAAGUGAGUUACAUCACAGAAGAACAACCACAGCAAUCGGUUCGUCGAGUGUCAGUUCAUUCAAUCAUUCAGUCAGUGUGGUGAAAGUGUUAGUGUUAGUGCUUUAUUUUGUUUGGGAAAUCCAAGAUAUUAUAAAGAGUGAAAACCCCGGGGGGAGUACAAUCCAAUUCUACUGCUAGAAGAAAAGGACCCAGCAGCUGUUCCCGUCGAUCCUGAAGCGGUAGUGGAUUUUUUCAAGAAUGGAACACUUAUUUAUUAAAAGGUAACCGAAUCGUUCCGCGGGAAGACUGGCUCUCUGAUUAUGGAAACAAAACGACCGAACAAAAACUCGGCAAGCCCCCGGUAAGACAACAGUGACCACUAUAUUCGUAGAAGGUUAAAAUUUUCAUCAGCCGCCAUAAAUUAUCAUAAUGCAAAAUGGAGCUAUCAACGAUGGGAGGUCGUCGUCUGACCUCUCAGCAAUUACAGCAGCUACAGCAGGCACACCAGCAGCAACAAUUCCAACAGUACCAGCAGGAACAGCUCCAGCUCCAGCACCAGCAGGCAAACCAAACGGCCGCCACCAUGUUACUUCAGCAUCAGCAGCAACUUCAGCAACAACAACAACAACAACAACAACAGCAACAACAGCAGCAGCAGCAACAGCAUUCAGGACAACUGCUGCCACCGCCUAUGGGAAAUCCUUUGCACCGGUCCGCACCACGAUUUCAUGUUUCGCGUCACCGGAAGGACUCACUCGGGAAGAAUGUGAGCAAGUACUUGUAUCCGCCGGGGUCACCCUCGAUGGGCAUCAACGAGAAUAUCUACCAUCCUCAGCAGACGGCGACGGCGAUGACGGCGGCUUCGAAUGCCAGCAGCAACAAUAGCAGCACUGCCACCAUCAAUAAGCACAAUCGCUAUCCGGAGCCGGAUCCGGACGUUAUCGAGGUGUACCUGGAGGACGAUCCGAUCAAGCUGAAAGAGGCGGUCCGCGAUGGGAAGGAGAUCAAAUGGCGCAACAACAUCGUGGCCACAAUGGAACGCUACGAACCCGCACCGAUAUCAGCCGCUACUCUGCCCUCGUCCUACCUGCACCAUCAUCAGUCGAGCAACGACAGCGGUUGCAAUCCGGAAUACUCGUACGCUUACUGUGAACCGAUGGUACUGAAGCAGCAGUCUGUCCAGCAGCAGCAACCGUCGUCCGGAGGUCAACUGCACCCGAGCAACAUUCCGCAGAUCCACAAGAUCUCCUCAUCGGUCUCGAGUAACGCACUCUCCAAGCUGCCAUCCACCAAUUCUCUACGUGCCUUAUUGAGUAAGAGCUUCCGGAAGAGUUCGGUGUCUUCGAAUACGGCCGGAUCAUCAUCAGCCGGGGGCCUGGGAGCAUCGGGGAAUAUACUCCAGGAGAAACACACCUUCACAACCCGUUACGGAACGAAGGAAAACAUCUACGAAGACGUCGGAGCAGGGUCCAAUCUUGGCACAAUGGCAAACGCUGCAAAACCGGGGACAAGCAUGAAUUCGUCAUCGAUGCAAAGCUUCGAAUCGAUCAAUAAGUUCAAUCUACACGACGAACUGAUGCACGUGCAAAGUCAGCACGACAGAAUACUUGGAGAGUUGAACCUUUCGGUGGAAACACUGAUUAUGCCAUCCAAGGACGAACAGGACGCCAUCGAGGAACGUCUGCACGAGAUCCACUGUUCGCAGUUUCAGGAUGAACUGUCGCAGGACGAUUGCGUAGCAGCAGGUUCGUCCAAUACGGCCAUGAUCCAUAUGCAGGAGCGUCUGUCGCCGACGACUUCGCAACCGAACAGUGGAGACGUAGAUAGUGGCAUCAGUGGCAGUAGUAGUAGUGGCGCUAGUUAUUCCAGUAGUAUGUUGUACCGGACCACCGCGAUGUAUACGAACAAUAGUAAAACUGUCACGAUAAACGAUAAUAACGAGGGCAGUGGUUCCGGGAUGUCGAUGAUGGCCGGCAACAGCUCGAUACGAAGUAGCUGCGGUAGCAACAGCGGCGGCUGCGUUUCGGCUCCCCCCAUUAGCUACCCGGUCUGUGGUGGCGCUAGUUGUAGUAAAUUGGCUUCUAACGUUGUGAUACCUAACUCGAAUAGGCUAACCUGUUGUUUCUACUCCGAUAAGCUUAGCAAAAAUAAUAAAUGCAAUUCCGAUCACUUAGACGCGCUAGCGGAGAAGUCCAGCUUCUGGAACAAGCUGGGGAAAUUGAAAAUUUCCGGCGUAUUCGGCAGUGCCAACAGUAGCAACAGUAGCAGCAGCUCGACUAGCAGCAGCAGUACAAACAGCCAACAUUUUCAUCCACCGCACCAACAUCAUCAUCAGCCGCAUAUGCAUCCUCCUCAUCAUCAUCUUCAGCAUCAGCAUCAUCAUAACCAGCAGAACCAUGCACUGCUGAAUCACCCGCAACAACUGCCAGGACUGAACCACUCCGUACCGACCACCACAACCAAUACGGCCACGAUCGCUCGAAGCAACGAAGCCGACUGCACGCGACUUCAUCUGCAACAUCAUCACAACAACCACAACCACCACCACCAUCACCAUCAGCACCACCAGAAUCAUCAUCCUCAUCUGCCAUCACCGCCGGUCGCGACCACCAUCGAACCGUGGUGGCAAACACCGUCCAAUAUCUGCACGAUGGAACCGUCGUCGCUGUGCAGUAACUGUUCCGGAGGCGGUGGUGGUGGCGGAGAGUAUCAGAUGCCGUGUGAAGUACAGGUGCCACCGCCGGCACCGCCCCCGUCACUGGCAUCGAUCAUGAGCGGUAUGAGUAUGAGGCCACCUCUGCCCCAGCCGCCCCUUCAAACCCAAAUCGAACUGGAGGAGGACGAAGAAGAAUCGAAAGCGGAAGACUGUACGGAGGAGGAGCCCUAGGCAUUGAAACAGAAAAAAAAUCGGUCCGAUUUUCUACUAAAUGUGAUUUUAUUACUCCUAUAGCAAAACAGAAAAAAAACGCCGAAUCGUACUAGUAAACAAACAAACAAAAAUCGGUCCAAAUUGUGCAAAUGUAAAUAAGCAAACGGACAAACGUUGUUUUAACUGUGAAGAAAUAAAAAAAAAUGUCAUUUUAACACAAAUAACUUCUACACACUCACUCACACACUGUAAACGCUGUAAACAAUUAUAUGUAUAUUUAAGAAUUGAUCAUUCGAUUCUCUGUAAAUAAAAAAAAAUCAUAGGAGAACCAAUUUGAACAGAUAAAUAAAGAAAGAAAGAAAAAAAGCAUACUUUUAAUUAGUGUGAAUAGUUAGCUUUUUAAAGCAAAUAUAUUGAAAUGGAAACAAUAUGGUGGUUCUUGGCGAUCGAAUAAAUCGAUAACAAAACGGACCCAACGUACAUACCUUAUUCGAGAGCCGCUCGUAUUUUGUUCAUAGCCUCUUGUUUUUUUCCUCCUCAUUUUUUGUUUUGUUUUGUUUUUGGCUCUACUUUGCAUUUCGAGAGACGCUAAAAUUUUUGUUUUUUAGAUUAAGAUUCUAAACGGCGCGAGCAAAUUCAAAAUUGUUGUUGAUAAUAAGAAGUAUUGUGUUUCGUCGAAAGCUUACGUUUGUAAUUGUUUACUGGCAAACUGGCGAAACAAAUUAAAAACAAAAAUAAAUAAACAAAAUUUUACAAACCGUCGUCAAUCUUUAUGUUCUGUGACACUCGGAGAAAACGGCUUGAGCAUUGUUUGGCAAACGGCGUUCAUCCGCGAGUGGAAUCAGGCGAUGGAGCAAAAGAAGAAAGAAAGAAAGAAAGCAAAAAAAACACACACACGAGAAAGGAAAUGCCAAAGAAUACAUUUAUUGAACUAAUAUUAAUAUAUUUUUA